UUAUACACAAGUUUAAAUAUUUUUUCCUUAUACCAAAGCUGGGUUUUGUUAGAUAAUGACUUCGAGAUUUAAUAUUGCAUUUGUUAAUUUCCUGUUAUCUGUGUUUAAGGCUUGAAUAGAAUUAUUAGUCUGGCAUCAUUACUUUUAAUUUGCAUUGUCCCCUUCCAAAUUCCAAACUUGUUUUUCAAGAACUGGGAUUCUUUUUCUGAUAAUGAAUGGGGGAAAAAAGCUGUCUCACGAGGCACUGCCAGUCUGGUCAGUCCAAAUUCUAUCUCGGUACAAUCAAAACAGGUAGAAAAUGGUCUAUUUGAAUAAGAAACCAUUAAAACAGGUCGCUACGCUCUUCCCGUUCUACCUGGCCAAGGCAGGACCAAGAUUUGACCCAAGAAAUCUGUGUUUAUGUUCCCUGGCACAUGUUCCCUUCACGCUCCAUGUGCCGCUGAUGGAGCUGUGGCCAUGAUGCUGCUGCUGUUCCUCCAGUCCGCGCCGCUUCUCCGAGCAAUGUGGCAGAGCCGUUCCUAUGGUACCCAGCACGGCAGUGUCCAGGAACCUCCAGCAAAUUGUCCGUGUUCUUGUGUCCGGGAACCUUCAGGAAAUUGUCCGUGUUGGUGUGGAGCCGCGGUUCUGCAGCCCUGCCGGUGCGGGAGCCAGCCCGGCCGGGCCCAGGCCCACGGCGGCGGCGUUGUUAUGGCUACGGCAGCGCUGCCGCACUGCGCCUGCGCGGGGGAGAGGGGCUCGGCACCGGUCAGGUCCCACCGCCCCUCAGCCAGGGCUCGAAGGGAAGUACACAUUGAGACAAUUCAGUAGCUAUGAUAAAAGGCAAGAAGAAGGAUGUCAAGAAGAAAGAUGCUAAGAAAGAUGGUAAAAAGGCAGCUGUUGAGAAGUCAGAAGACUCUCUAGAAACCCCAACUGAGAGUAGCUUAACAACACUGGGAGAUUUGCGGAGUGACUCACUGAGUGAAGAAACUCUGGCAAUUCCAGAGGCACCAGAUAAAGAACCAGAAGUAGAGGAACCACCAGUCCCGCCUGUUACCCCAUUCUAUGAAGAGCCUGUUCUUGCUCAAGUGAUUAUAAAAAGCUAUGAAGGUGAACGAGUUAAGGAAUUCUUUGAGGGCGAAGGAUUUAUAUGUUUUGUGGGAGGAAAUACAUACAAGGGUCUAUUUUCUGAAGGGCGUAUGAAUGGAGAAGGGACUUACACAUGGGCUGAUGGAGUAAAGUAUGAGGGAACAUUUGUUAAGAAUGUGCCAACAUAUAAUGGCUGUUACACCUGGACGGAUGGCAGUGUUUAUGAAGGAUCAAUCCAAGACGGACUUAGGCAUGGAUAUGGAGUUUUCAGGAGUGGUACUCAUCCAAUUUCUUACAUUGGUUAUUGGUGCAAGGGGAAAAGACAUGGAAAGGGUACGAUUUAUUAUGAUCAGGAACAGACCUCCUGGUAUGCAGGUGAUUGGGUAAACAAUGUCAGAGAAGGAUGGGGAUUCAGAUGCUACAGAUCUGGAAAUAUGUAUUUUGGUCAGUGGAAGAAAAAUCUACGACAUGGACAUGGAAAAAUGAUAUGGCUGACAGAUAAUCAAGAGUACGAAGGAGAGUGGGAGUGUGGCUUGCAGCACGGUUCUGGCAUACACUCAUGGUUUUUGAAGAGAAUGGAAACAUCUAAGUAUUCUCUAUGGAGUGAAUAUUCAGGGGAUUUUGUAAAAGGGGAGCGCCAUGGAUAUGGGACAUUUCUUUAUUCUGAUGGAACAGUGUACAGUGGAGAAUGGGUGCAUAAUAAGAAGCAUGGCAAGGGCAUCUUUGUCUUCAAGAAUGGUCUUAGUUUUGAAGGAGAGUUCAUAAAUGAUUGUCACGUGGAAAGUCCUGCUCGUCAAGGGUCUGCUGUGAAAGCCAAGAACCAGAGAGUCACUAGCCCAGGAAGGCAUUUCGGCAUUAAAAGGACCAGAAUCGUUAAUGCCUUGGGAAAGAUUUUUGUUCUGGGAUCAGAUGUUCAUCUGGAUUUAUCGUCACUGCUUGCCUCAUUCCCAAGGGAAUACAGAGAGACCGAAUCUCGACAAGUACAAUUGGCUGUGUUGAGGCAUAUUUCAAAAUUGAGAAAAGCCUACUACUUCUACAGUACCUUAGGCUGUGCUACUUCUAACAGCACUCGCAGCCUGACUAUGCUGCAGUUUUGGAGGUUUCUGAAGGACUGCAAUUUUCAUCUCUCCUCCAUAACUCUCGCUGAAAUAGAUCGACUGUUGAGAGGUCAUCAAUCACCUGAGGACAUACAUGAUCCAAGUCAUACAUUACUGUUCAGAACAUUUGUAUCCGACCUUGUUCACCUGGCAUUUCAUAUCUAUCAUGAAAAGUACAAAGAUGAAGUUCCUCAUCUGGAGAAGUGUUUCUUAGAAAUGAUGUCCAGGAAUAUUCUGCCCUCUGCCUGUUGUGUCCAAGGUAUCUUAUAUUCAGGGGAAGAGUUCUCAGCUUUUGCCAUGAGCUACCUUGAGAAAUGCUGGGAAAUAUAUGGAGAUUUUUCUAGACCAUGUCCCAGACAUCCAUUUGACUCCACAGUGAAGCUGAGGCAAUUCCUCUGGAUGUUGGAUGAUUUUAAACUUCUCAAUGAACAAUUAACUGCUCCAAGAGUUCUGGGAAUAUUUGUCAAAGUUGGUGCAUCCGUACCUGGCAUCUAUGGUGUCAACCUGGAGCUGGAGAUGGUUUUUCUGGAAUUUUUUGAAGCUCUUCUUGAAUGUGCAUUGGUGUAUGUUACUGAGGAUAUGAUCCAGAAGAAAGAAGCUCAAGAUAAUGAGAAAAGAAGUAGCUUUGAAAUCAAGGAGCUCUCCAAGGAAACCUCAGCUGCCUCUCUCACGGAACAUUCUGCACCCCAGCCACUGGGACCUUAUGAAGACACUGAUCCUGCUCAAUCUUCUCUACUGGAAACUCUUCUCUCAUUGCCCAUAACUCCCGGAGAAAGCAAAGAUGAUGUGUCAUUGCCCAACAAGGAUGUAAAAGAAGAACAAGAUUCCUCUCCAGAAAAGGAAUUGAUAGAUAAAGCAAAAGAAGAUGAAGAUGAACAAAAGGUGCUGUUUCAUUCCUGGAUGUGUCAGGUGGAAGUCUUUCUCACAAAGAAGUUGUUCCCUGCUUUUGAGCAUGAAAUAGUGCUGAGAGAUAAAAUAAAAGAAAUAAAACCCCAGGAUGCUGAAUUAGCUGAGCUGAGAAAGAUCCAGGCUGAGGAGCUGGAAAGACUUAUUGCUGAAAAAGAAGAAGAAGAAGAGGCAAGAAGGCAAGAAGCAGCUGCAUUAAAGGAGAGUGUCAGGCUCAGGGAACGAGCCUCAUCAUCUUGGGAGAAACUCCUCUCCUGGAGAAGUCUGCAGCUGAAAAAAGAGGCCUCCAAAAGAGAAUCCUCACCAACAAAAAGAGGCUCACAAGGCAGUGAGCCUAAGGAGGAAGAGGCAGAGAAGACAGCACCCAGAGGUACCAAGGCAACUGCUGACAAGAAGAAAAAGAAAUAAAUCCUCUGCUGGGAACUGCUGAAGCUUCAAGCAAGUACUCUUCAAAUAAGGGAAAAAAAACAACCAACCAAACCA